UGUUCAUCGGAUGAAUUAGGGAAAAGAGAUAUUCAUGAGAUAUUUUCAUCGACGCUAUGUUGUUACCACCACCACCAUCUCCAUCACUGGAUGCAUGAUCCAUGGCUUCCCUUAGCCAAAUAUUCCUUAUUCUGAUCGUUAUCUCUUCUUCUCCUUUCUGCUCCGGCGGAAGUCGAAAGGAACUCCGAGAUAAAGAUAACAUUGGUGAGAGUUACACACAGUCUAAUUAUGUUGUUGGAUCUAAGUCUGUUGAUCCGAGGCGUGUUCUUCAGCUUUCAUGGCAACCAAGGUCAGGGUCUUCCUUUACCGUGGAUUCUUGUCAGAGGAAGAGUGUGAUCAUCUGGCGAAGGAAACUUCAGAGGUUAAAUCAGGGGAUGGUGAUGGGAAGACGCACCUUUCAAGUUCUGACCACCUCUUAGAUGUUCCGGACCCAAUAGUUGCUGGGAUUGAAGAAAGAAUUUCUGCCUGGACUUUCCUCCCAAGAGAAAACAGCGGUCCCAUCAAGGUAAGAAGUUACAGUUUGGAGAAACCAGGCAACAAGUUGGAUUAUUUUGGAGAUGAAUCUAGCUCUGUGUCGCAUGAGUCUUUGUUGGCAACCGUCAUCCUCUACGUCUCAAACACCACUCAAGGCGGAGAGCUUCUCUUCCCAAAUGCAGAGGUGAAACUCAAAAGGAGUUGGUCCGACUGCUCAGAGACGGGAGAGACGGGUAACAUCUUAAGACCGGUAAAAGGAAACGCAGUUCUGUUCUUCAGCAGACACUUGAAUGCGACUUUGGACCAGACAAGCACUCAUUUUAGAUGCCCUGUCCUGAAAGGGGAACUGCUGGUGGCGACGAAACUGAUAUACGCGAAGAAACAAGCAAGAAAGGAUGAGGAGGAGAGUGGUGAGUGCAGUGAUGAAGACGAGAGCUGUGGACGAUGGGCUGAGCUUGGGGAGUGCAAGAAAAACCCUGUCUAUAUGAUUGGCUCUCCUGAUUACUUUGGCACCUGCAGAAAAAGUUGUAACGCUUGUUGAUUCUUGAAAAGUACUAUUCUCAUCAUAUUGGAAAACAAUGGUGGCAUAAUUGAAACUUUUUCAAUAUCACAGCUGUUUUUUUCCUGUGGUUUUGUAUAGUUUACACUUGAGUACAACUCACGAUUCCAUUUAUUUUA